AAAAACGAGACUUUAUCGUUAUCGUGGCUUCGCUGACCAUCACCCAACAACACGGGACCCAUAUUUAAUCCAAAACUCGAGAAGAGAACCAUAUUAUUACCUCGCAAUGGGAAAUGUGUCGCUGUGCAUCGGCCCCUUUAGGACCGAUAUGUCUGGACACGUUAAAGAGAAGAGAUUUGUCAUUAGAAGCAUCACCAAAGGGAUCACCUAUUACUAUACCCCAGUAAGAGCUGCAUGUCCCGCCAAAGACUGUCAGUACUCCAGUUUAUUUGCCGACACAAUCCCAGAAGACCGUCCUCUGCUGGUUUUCUUUUCGUGGCUUGGUGCACAACCUGGGCCUGUGGCUAAAUACAGGGACCUAUAUCUGCAGAAGGGUAUGGAUGUUCUUCUUGUCCAGAGCAGUGUCAUGCACUUCUUAUGGCCCAGGUGGGGUGUGGAGUACGGUCUGGAGGUGCUUAAAAUUCUGGAGGAGCCCCCCUUCGCAGGACGCACUGUUUUGAUCCAUGCCACUUCGAUUGGUGGCUAUACUUUCUCCCAAGUUCUCACACACAUCACUGAAGACCCAGAAAGGCAUGCCGCUCUAAGCCAGAGGGUGAAAGGUCACAUCUAUGACAGCUUGGUGGUGGGCACACUGGAGCAUAUGGCAGUAGGUCUGGGAAAGACCCUGAUUCCAUGGUUGGAGGGUCUGAUUAAAAACACUGCACUGUUGUACUUCUGGCUGUUUAAGUCGCAGACAGCAGACAUCUACAAGCACAGUAUCCAGGUUUUCCACAGCACACCCAUCACCACACCAGCUCUCUUCUUCUACUGUGAGAAUGACGCACUAUGUGACCCCCUGAUGAUGGAGAAGAUCAUGGAGCUCUGGAGGAGGAGGGGCGUGGCUGUGCAGAGCAGGAAGUGGAAGGAGUCCAUACAUGCAGCGCACAUGAGGUGUCAUCCUGAAGACUAUCUGUCAGCACUGGAGAGGUUUUUGGGCAGUCUCCAUAAGUCUCCUAUUAAACCUAAAAUGACUGAUGCACAAGUUCAUAUUUAACAUGUUUUAAAUUAAUUUAAGAGAAGUAUUUAUCUUUUGUCUCUGUAUUGUUAUUUUUUAUUUGUCUUGCUACAGUCUUAUUGACAAUGAAAUCUCAUCUCUUUGUACUGUUGUAGCAUAUGGAAUGUUGUUACAUUCUUGGGAAUGCGUUAUGCACAAAGAUAUGAAUAAAAAUAUUUAUUUAUGAUAAAUGCAUUUGUGUAUCACACUAUCACAUUGCAGUAGCAUAAGGAUGUAAUGAUAUCUGAAAUCAUAUUGUGAAAAGUCACAUAAUAAUAUUGUUGACUUUUAAUAUAUGAUAUAUGAAUAUAUUGAAUCACAAACUUCUUUGCUUAAAUCUAGUUUUAUUGUGACAGCAGGUAAAAAAAAAAAGCAUAGAGAACUAAAGAAGACCGUGACUGUAUCAGUGCAAACUACAUGAAGACAUAACUCAUUAAACACAUUUAAAAUCUUAAUCCCUUGGAAUAUUACAGUAAUGAUAGUACCAAAGGUUUGCCAAGGCAUUUUAAAAGGAAAAAGUAGCAUACAGCUAUUCUGUUAGUCUUCUUAAAAAUCUCAAUACUGUACUGUGAAGCAAAUAUAUGCUACAUAACCUCAAAUAUGUAUUUAUUUCAACUACUACAAAUGACUCAUAAAAAAUAAAAAUACACCUAAUUACUAAUAUUUUAGUAGAGCUUCAACAUCCAAAAAGGAUAACUGUAUCAACAUACAGCUAUUUUACCUGAGAAAAACUGAAAUAUUUGUAAAUCUUUGUUGUAUUUAUUGUUUCAUGAGAGGACUGUAUUUUGUGGCAGUUUUUAAAUCGUCCACUGGAGGGCUUUAGUCACUCAAAUAUUCACUUGAGACGAUUUGCGCUGUUUCCCUUUUGGCCAUUUUCACCUGUAUGUAUUUUUUGUUUUCUUUAUGAAUGCACCUUGAUUGAUAUUUUAUGUAUUUUAUUAUUUAUUUUUUGUAUUUGUUUUAUAUAAUUUCUCUAUUUAAUGGCAGGUUAUCGAGGUUGAAUACAAACUGCCCACAUCAACUUCCACUGUGGUCUGAUGAACGGGCACUGGCCUAUAUCCUAGGGGCAUGUGUGACAUACUAUUGUGAACUCUAUUGUUGGGUUCAGUGUUCAUCCUGAGAUCUAUCCUUGUUAUAUAAUUGGACACGGAAGGUUUGGACAGCAGUUAUCAUACAGUCCUAAUUUAUUCUACAAAAAAAUCUAAAUAUUGCUUAGCCUUUAAAUGAACUCAUUGCCAAGAUGAACCAACAACAGGCAUCUAGAAGACAUCACCCAGAAGACAUUUUAUACAAAAAUAUUUCAAGCCCAAAAAGCUAGAAAUUUUGCAGCUUAGUGACCACACACUUACUACGUUACUUCAAAAUUGCUUCAGAUGAUGAGUUCAAGUAUUUACCUUUUCCAUUUUACAUUCAGAAAUAUUUUAAAUGUAGAUGUAUUUUUUGGUAUGAUAUAUAUACACAGUAUAGCUUAUUUUGGCCAUUUUAAUUCUUCCCUUAAAGCUUCUAGUUGUGUUCACAAUUUGGUUUAGUUUUUAGUUUUUAUUUAUAGUCCUCAUUAUCUCCAACAUUUUAACAACCCCCAAGAAUCAGGGUAUAGGAGAUCUGUAAUGUGCCCAGCACAAUAAAAGUGCAGAAUAAGCCCCAUGCAGCUCCUUUGAUGGUGUACACUUCAUAAAAAGACAUUAUGUGUGCUCACAGGUUUGAAAAUACUGUAUUAUCCUGUUUAUGUAACACACUAUGUCAAAAAAUCAUCUUUGUUCAGUAAUGUGUUUUCAGUGUAUUUAAGUCCACUCCAGAGGUCAUUCAUGCAUACUCCCGGUCACCAGACUUAACUGGUUUCACUUAACAGAGAAAGGGAAUAAAGUAAAGAGUAUUACAGACUCUCU